GUAUUCCAGAGUACCACACCGGGCAUGGAUACCUUUUUCCAUACCUGGAGUAUAGUCGGUACUGGCCUCACCCAGUCACGAAACUGCUAAGGACAUCUCCGGGGCGUGUGCACCAAGCCAGCAAGGCGGCGUCCCAGGACCACAGAGCCAUGCCUUUCGGUCUGAAGCUCCGCCGGACCCGACGCUACAAUGUCCUCAGCAAGAACUGCUUUGUCACCCGGAUCCGCCUGUUGGACAGCAAUGUGAUUGAGUGCACACUGUCAGUGGAAAGCACAGGCCAGGAAUGCCUGGAGGCUGUGGCUCAGAGGCUGGAGCUGCGGGAGACACACUACUUUGGCCUUUGGUUUCUCAGCAAGAGCCAGCAAGCACGAUGGGUGGAGUUGGAAAAACCUCUGAAGAAACAUCUGGACAAAUUUGCUAAUGAGCCGCUGCUUUUCUUCGGAGUCAUGUUCUAUGUGCCAAAUGUGUCCUGGCUGCAGCAGGAAGCCACAAGGUAUCAAUAUUACCUGCAAGUGAAAAAAGACGUGCUUGAAGGACGACUACGUUGUACAUUGGAACAGGUGAUCCGGCUAGCUGGCUUAGCUGUGCAAGCUGAUUUUGGAGAUUAUAAUCAAUUUGAUUCUCAAGAUUUCCUCAGAGAAUAUGUGCUGUUUCCUAUGGAUCUGGCCCUGGAAGAAGCUGUUCUUGAGGAGCUGACACAGAAGGUAGCUCAGGAACAUAAAGCUCACAGUGGAAUCCUGCCAGCGGAAGCUGAACUUAUGUACAUCAAUGAAGUGGAACGUUUGGAUGGGUUUGGACAGGAAAGCUUCCCUGUAAAGGACAAUCACGGAAAUGGCGUGCACCUUGAUAUUUUCUUUAUGGGGAUUUUCGUGAGAAACAGAAUUGGAAGACAAGCAGUCAUAUACAGGUGGAAUGAUAUCGGGAAUAUUACUCAUAACAAGUCCACCAUUCUCGUGGAGUUCAUCAACAAAGAAGAGACUGCCCUCUUUCACACGGAUGAUAUCGAAAAUGCCAAAUACAUUUCUCGGCUGUUUGCUCUACGACACAAGUUUUACAAACAAAACAAAAUCUGCACGGAACAGUCAAAUUCUCCACCCCCCAUCAGACGCCAACCCACCUGGAGCCGGUCCUCCUUGCCCAGGCAGCAGCCGUACAUAUUACCGCCUAUGCACGUCCAGUGUGGGGAGCACUACUUGGAAACUCACACUUCACAAGACAGCAUUUUCCAUGGGAAUGAAGAAGCCUUGUAUUGCAACUCUCACAACAGCCUGGACUUAAAUUACUUAAACGGCACCAUUACCAAUGGCAGCGUGUGUAGCGUUCACAGCGUGAACUCCCUCAACUGUUCCCAAAGUUUCAUCCAGGCGUCUCCUGUGUCCUCCAACCUCAGUAUCCCUGGGAGUGACAUCAUGCGGGCUGACUACAUUCCUAGUCACCGGCACAGUGCAAUCAUCGUCCCGUCUUAUAGGCCGACCCCCGAUUAUGAGACAGUUAUGCGGCAGAUGAAGAGGGGGAUCGUGCACACGGACAGCCAGAGCCAGUCUCUCAGAAACCUCAACAUCAUCAACACGCAUGCCUACAACCAGCCAGAGGACCUGGUGUACAGCCAGCCCGAGAUGCGGGAGAGACACCCUUAUACUGUCCCUUAUGGGCCACAGGGGGGCUACGGUAACAAACUGGUCAGUCCAUCUGACCACAUGAGCCCAAAGAAUCAUAUGGUGCCCAGCAAGCCGAGGGCCAGUGCCAUCUCCCACACAGUGAGCACCCCAGAGCUGGCUAACAUGCAGCUUCAAGGCAGUCAGAACUAUAAUACAGCACAUAUGCUCAAAAACUAUCUCUUCAGGCCUCCACCCCCCUACCCACUGCCCCGUCCAGCCACUAGCACCCCGGAUCUUGCCAGCCACCGCCACAAGUACGUCAGUGGCAGUAGCCCAGAUCUGGUGACGCGGAAGGUACAGUUGUCCGUAAAGACCUUCCAGGAGGACAGCUCCCCUGUGGUACACCAGUCACUGCAGGAGGUCAGCGAGCCCCUCUCGGCUGCCAAGCACCAUGGCACCGUGAACAAGCGCCACAGCCUGGAGGUGAUGAACAGCAUGGUGCGAGGGAUGGAGGCCAUGACUCUGAAGUCACUCAACAUCCCCAUGGCUCGCCGCAACACGCUCCGGGAGCAGGGGCCACCCGAGGAGGCACCAGGGAGCCACGAAGUUAAUCAGCUUCCUCCGUAUCACCACAAGAAAACGUUCUCUGAUGCCACCAUGUUGAUCCACAGCAGUGAGAGCGAAGAGGAAGAGGAGGCUCCGGACCCGGUGUUGCAGAUCCCUGUGCUCCGGGAGAAGAUGGAGUACAGUGCCCAGCUGCAAGCAGCCUUGGCUCGCAUCCCGAACAAGCCCCCGCCCGAGUACCCUGGCCCGAGGAAAAGUGUUAGCAAUGGGGCACUUAGACAAGACCAGGUUAACCUUCCUAUCAGCAUCGCCAGAGCCAGGGCACUGAGGCAAGGACCGGCCAAGGCCAUCAGCGUCUCCCGAGCAGAUCAGCUGGCCAUCAAUGGGGCCUCUCUUGGUCCCUCCAUCUCAGAACCUGACCUGACCAGUGUGAAGGAGCGGGUCAAAAAGGAGCCUGUGAAGGAGAGACCUGUGUCUGAAAUGUUCUCCCUGGAGGACAGCAUUAUAGAGCGGGAGAUGAUGAUCCGGAAUCUCGAGAAACAGAAGAUGGCAGGCCUGGAGGCACAGAAGAGGCCCCUGAUGUUGGCAGCGCUCAAUGGGCUCUCAGUGGCUCGGGUCUCAGGGCGGGAAGAGAGUCGAGCUGAUGCCACCCGAGUUCACAUAGAUGAGAGGUUCAGAACUCUGAAGAAGAAGCUGGAAGAGGGGAUGGUAUUCACGGAAUAUGAGCAGAUCCCAAAGAAAAAGGCGAAUGGCACUUUUAGCACAGCUGUCCUUCCAGAAAAUGCUGAGCGCAACCGAAUCCGAGAAGUUGUUCCUUAUGAAGAAAAUCGAGUCGAGUUAAUACCAACCAAAGAAAAUAACACUGGUUACAUUAAUGCCUCCCAUAUCAAGGUGGUGGUUGGUGGGGCAGAAUGGCACUACAUUGCCACUCAGGGGCCCCUGCCACACACAUGCCACGACUUCUGGCAGAUGGUGUGGGAGCAGGGGGUGAAUGUCAUCGCCAUCGUCACUGCAGAGGAGGAGGGCGGAAGAACCAAGAGCCACCGAUACUGGCCCAAGCUGGGUUCCAAGCACAGCUCAGCCACCUAUGGCAAGUUUAAGGUCACCACAAAGUUCCGAACAGAUUCUGGUUGCUAUGCAACCACAGGCUUAAAGGUCAAGCACCUUUUGUCUGGACAGGAAAGGACAGUGUGGCAUUUGCAAUAUACGGACUGGCCAGAUCACGGCUGCCCCGAGGAUGUCCAAGGAUUCUUGUCCUACUUGGAAGAGAUCCAGUCGGUCCGUCGCCAUACCAACAGCAUGUUGGAAGGCACCAAGAGCCGGCACCCUCCCAUAGUCGUCCACUGCAGUGCCGGGGUGGGCAGGACGGGUGUGGUCAUCCUCUCUGAGCUGAUGAUCUACUGCCUGGAGCACAAUGAAAAGGUGGAAGUGCCCGUGAUGCUGCGGCUUCUCAGGGAGCAGAGGAUGUUCAUGAUCCAGACUAUUGCGCAGUACAAGUUUGUCUACCAGGCCCUCAUCCAGUUUCUGCAGAACUCCAGACUCAUUUAAUCGGUGAUCCAGCUCCUGGAAGCAGGACCCAGCUCCAUCUCACCAAUGGGCAGGCACCUCCAGACAACAUCUGCUCCCCAACAGGGUGCGGAUGGCUGGCAGCAGGCAGGCAUGGGGCUCUCCUCACACGGGAGCCAAGAUUUUUCACAAACAUGGUGUAUUAUUUGAUAUGAGAUA